UGUAAAUGGUCCUGCAGUCUCCUGGGAUAUGUCUCAGGAGCAGCGCCGGACCAACCAUUCGGGAUCUCAGGCAUUGCACGAGGGCCCGGGGAGAGUAGGAGGCCCCAUAAGCAGAGCACUCUGGUGUAGUUUUGUCUGGGUGUGGCUUGAGUGGGGGUGGGGACACAGGGGGCCCCAUGAUCUCCAAUUGCCCACAGCCCUCAUGAGUUGUCAGUUCACUCCUGCCUAGGAUGACAGGUACCCACUCCCACUUCUGGCUCAGUUCAGCAUAGCAGAGGUUCUUCCCCCCAC